AUGUACGCAAAGUCAUUCUCGAUUCUCGCUCUUGCUGCUGCCUCUCUUGUGGCAGCCGAAGACUUCACGGUGGCCACACCACCUUAUGUCCAACAGUGCUCCCCAUUGAAGAUUACCUGGAAGGGAGGUGAACCUCCGUACAGGCCAUUCAUCACGGCCCCAGGCAAAAUUGAUGAUGUGAAAGAGAACCUUGACGAGACAAGUGACACCUCGACUACUUGGAAGGUGACGAUUCCACAAGGCCAGAAGUUCACCAUCAAUAUUUGUGACAACUCUGGUCAGUGCCAGGCUUCUGGUGAGGCUGGCCCGGUAGGCAAGGGUGAUGACAGCUGCAUAAACGGUGGCGGUAACAAAGGUGGCAGCAGCGGUGGCGGCGGUGGCGCUGCUGCUGCUGGCGGCGGCGGUAGCAGCGGUGGUAGCAGCGGCGGUGAUGACAAGAAGAGCGGCGAUGGCGACGACAAGAAGAGCGGCGGUGACGACAAGAAGAGCUCGAGCUCUAGCGACAACAAGUCUUCCAGCUCUAGCGGUGGCAAGUCGUCGAGCAGCAGCGGCCAGUCGAGCACGGGCGGCGGAAGCGGCGGCGGUAGCUCGUCUGCCCAGCCAAGCUCGACUGGUAUGGGUGGUGGCUCUGACGACAAGAGCGGUCAAGACAACAAGGAAGAUGGCAGCGACAACAACGGUGGCGAGAAGAAGGGUGAUGAUAGCGGUUCCAUGUCGUUCAGCGGUGUUCCGGCCGUUGUCGCUGGUGUUGUCGGCGUUGUUGUGGCUGCCCUGAUCUAA